GGUUUAACCGUCGCCUCAGCGGAGCAUCGGGACAGCAGAACGCGGGAAGGGGGAAAGUCUGUGAGGUCAGCUUGAAGAAGCUGAAAGGUUUGUUGGUUGCAGAAAUGGAUGGGCAGUCUCUACCACAGAGCAAUAAAGACUUGACUGACCGCAGUAGAAGAAGAGUUUCCUCUAUUUUAAAAGCCCCUCGGAGCCCACUCAAAGAUCUGGGAUGUGGAAAUGAACUUUAUCAGGAUUUAACACUUGAUAAGAGAAGAAAAAGUUCUCGAAGAGUCAGCUUUGCAGAAACUAUAAGUGUUUUCGCACCAGAACUACAAUGUGCAGGAGAAGCUGCAGCCAACAGUAACGAUCACGAGGAGGGUGGAAAUAAUCCUAAAAAUGAAAUUCAAGAAUCUGCUAACACAGAUUACAAUAUUGCUGGAAUGGAGACAUUGCUUCAUGCUCCUAUUCAAACUACAGUUCUUCAGUCAGAGUGGGAACGUGGAGAUUGUCCCAAAGACAGGACCGUUUUUUUCUCAAGCAACAAUGAUAUGGACAUAACAACAAGUAACACAGUGACCAUUGAUGGCUAUCCUGAACUAAAAACACCAAAAAUAGAUAUAGGUUUGUUUCUCGCAAAUUUAAAAUCUCAAACUGAAGCCUUAAGCGAGAAUACAGAGUUUCAGUUUUCAAAAUCUGCUCAAACUAAAUUAGGUUUUCAGUCAACAGAAGCUUUAGUGCCUGCAAAAAGAAAGUUUGAUGACUUUUUGAGCAGUUUAAAAAUGGAUCCGCACGUGGCUCCCCUUUCAGACGAGGGUGAUAAAGAGAAUGUGUUUCCAUCUAGUUUACCUUCUGGAAGUUCUAGACAUUUGUUUUCGGGAUAUGGGAAUACGAUUCCAACCACCCAAGAAACUACAGGAAACGUGACAAAGAUUUUCAGAGAAUAUAACGAUGGACUUGAUUUAACCAAAUGUCACACAACUCAUAUUACUUCAUUUAUUCCAUUGGGCAACAAUGAAUAUGGAAGCAAUGGACUCGCUAAUAAACCAUCAAAGGACCAAAGCAGAGUUUUUGAGGAUGAUAUGGAUAUGACGUAUAGUCAUACUGUUCACAUAGACGCAGUGCAUGAGACUCCCAUUAUAAGCAAUAUUCAAUCUUUUACAAAAAAACAAUAUAAUGCAAACAACAUUGUCCCGUCUGAGAAGACCAUAGUUUUUACGGAGGCAAAUGAAAUGGAAUUUACAAAGAAUCAUACUUUUGCAUUAAACACAAUGUUGCCUCAGACACGGGAAGCCUCGCUUUUAGAGCUUACACCUGUUUCACCAGUGGAAGACAUGGAUUUUACCAAAAGUCAUACUGUAGCUAUAAAUGGCCAGAGUAUCUUUAACCAAUAUGCUACAAUGGAGUGCGAGAAAAUGUCCCAAAACCAGGAUAUCAAUAUAAUACAAAGUGUCACUCCUGAUCUCUACUCUGAAUCUAAUCUUAUGAACAAAGAGGGGAAAUGUGUUCUCGGUGAGCCAUUUGGACACCCAAACGCAGGUUUUGAUGAGCAAUUCAUGCAAGCAAAGUCUUUUGUGUUGAAAACAGAAUCCAAAGAUGCUAUAGGAUCAGCGGAACCAUACAAUGUUUCUAUUAUCUGCAAAAAUCCCCAAGACUCCAAUAUACCACAUGCACUGAAGGCCGGCAAAACAGAUAAAAGUAAAUAUGGAGGGCUACAGUUAUCUUCGCUAUCCAACAAGAGCACUUUAUUCUUGGCAGAUAAUGAUCUUCCUCCAACAAAAUGCCUACCACCGGAACUUCCUAGUAAAGAGAAUCAAUUCAAUCCAAAGUCAAAUCCUUUGUCCAAGAUCCACAAAAAGAGGGAGAGUGUAAAUGUUUUAAGCUUUUCUUGUGUACAUGACAAGACAGAACAUUUGCAGGAGGAUAUGGAGAUGACAAUAAAUGGUAUUCCUACCCCAUGCAGCAAGGAUAAAACCAUUUUGUUUUCACGUGACCAGCAAGACAUGGACAUUACUCAAUCGCAUACUGUUGUUAUUGACAGCAAAGGAUUUAUUGAUGGUAGACAAGUUCAUGAAAACAACACUUUCUCGGGUUUCCGCCGGAAAAGCGGCACCAGCCUUGUUGCUGCUAACUAUGAAGGUGGACUAUCCAAUUUUGAUGUCCGUACGGAUCUGUGUGAUGAUGAAACCGUUUUUGCCCCAGAAAAUGAAGAUGAAAUGGAAUUUACCAAGUCCUACACUGUUUCUAUUGAGAACAAAAUGGAUAAAGAAUCUGGCAACGGGAUUCCUCUGACCAAAAGACAAAGCAUGUCUGAAAAAGAAUCAUCUCCUCUAUCGCUAUGCGUAGAAUCACAAGGAAAGGCUAUGUUAUGUCCGUCUAACAAGAAUAUCAACAUUGUGAAACAAAGCACUACUGAUGAACGCUUUCGAUGUCUAGAUUAUGAGAAUAAUAAAAUAAUUGAACAGGUAUCUCAAGUUGCCACUAUGGAAUCUGAUAAGACACUUGUACUGGCAGUUGAAAUGGAACUAACCGAAAGCCACAACAUAAUAAAUACAAAAGAUUCUACAGAGACGUUUAGCCAACAUGGCCCAGUCGGUAAAAGCUUUGUUUGUGCACCUGAUAUACAAGAUGGCAUGGACAUCACAAAUUCACAUACAGUUUAUAUCGAUAACGUGUUGAUGGAUGAGAGACCUGUAGUUGCCGGUCAGCCUUUUUCUGUGAAAAGGAAAAGCACGACUGAUCUACUAAGAACUUGCGCCAACGAUAAGACUGCGCACGCUUUAAGUGAUUUCAUGGAACUUACCAGUGCCGAUGCUGGGCGGUUGUUUGAGGCACCGAUGCAUUCAGAGAGAGAGACAAAUCCAGUCUCUAGGCCUUCCCGGGAUAAGAGUCUGCUGUUUUUAAAUGACUCAAAUGCAAUGGAUAUAACGCGCUCGUACACGGUAGCCAUUGAAAACAAACUCUUUGAGAGAAACGGAAAUCCCAAUCCGGUAAUGAAAGCUGACCAAACAAAAUGUUCUGAAACCGUGUCUGCAUCUGCCAAUAAAACUAUUUUGAAAGAUGACAUGGAGUUUACCAAAAGCCACACAGUGUUUAUUAAUGGAAAUAAUCAGCUCCCCCUUUGUGAAAGCUCUACGUUGUCUGUGCGAGAUGAAAUGGAAAUUACAAAGUCCAAUACAGUUUUCAUUGAUAACAUACCAUCAGAUAUGCCCAAAGUAGACCUUCGUUCUCUUAAUGUUGUUAAAAGGCCCUUAACUAGCUCGCAAGUAUCAUGUGUAUCGCACGAUCGGACUGUACAUUCGGUUGAUGACAUGGAGAUGACAAUGCCUGCAAACACUGGUUUAACUGGAAAAAGGCAGCUGAAAACUGAGGAUGAGAGAACCAUUUACAAGUCUGUAAAAUCCCAGGACAAAACUUUAGUCUUUAAUUCUGAAGAAAGUCACAUGGACAUUACAAGAUCGCAUUCUGUUUCCGCUGAAAAUCAGCUUGUCGAUGAUGUAUACAAUAUUUGCAGUCUGGAAAGGAAAUGUCAAUUAAACCGUUCCAACUUGCACCUAGCGUGUAACAUGGACAUCACAAAGUCAAACACCGUAUUUAUUGACAAUCUUUUCGCUGAUGAAAUUCCCCAUAGAACAUGUGCUCCUGAUAAUAAAAUUGUAAAUUCACAUAGCACGGCAGGUCACUUUAUUAGUAAGAUACAGAACCAACCAGCUGGAAUAUCUGAGGGUUCGUCGGACAAAACUCUGGUGUUCUCAGAUGACAUGAAUGACAUGGAUAUAACAAGAUCGCAAACUAUUGUCAUUGAAAACAAAGUCUUUGAGGUAAACAAGGCACACAGCGCUAAUGUUAAAAAUACGUUAAUAAAUGACACCGAGGCUCUGUCCGUCAAGGAAACGAUAAACCCAAUUGAAGAUGAAAUAGAAUUAGACAAAAGCCGAACACUGCUAAUUGAUAAAAAUACUUCACAAGCACCGAAAGACACAUUUCCUGCAAGUAGAGGUGUUGCUGGUUUACUAUGUGACCAAGAGGAUGUCGAAAUGACAAAGACUAAUGCAGUUUUUAUUAAUAACACGCUAACUGAUGGAGAGUCCAAGGCAGGCCUCCUUUCUCUACCUUUUGUUAAAAGAAAAAGCAUAUCGUAUUCACAGAUAUUAAGUACAACUAGUAACGGUCAUCCAUCUCUUGAAGUGCAAAUGGUUCCUUCAAUGUUAAUUUGUGGUAGGCAGGCACAAGCAUCAGAAACGGCAUCAUCAAGGUCUUCUCCGGGGAAGAUGGCUUCCUCUGGCACAGAAAACAUUAUAACAAAAACACACGCUGACGUGGAAAACGGAGAAUUUGGUGAGGUGGCCACAAGAAACAAUGCCAGACUAAAAGACACAAAUGAACGGGAGAUCACUUCUGCAGAAGUGAAGAUGAAAGAUGGUCAUGAAAAUACCGAUGACGAUGUUUCUUCUAAUAUUGUCAGAGAAAUUAACUCAGCAGUGACUCAGGAUCAGAGCUUGUCCGCUACAAGUCUUAUGAAGCCUGCUCUAUCAAUUGACCGCACGGAUUUAUUUACAAAUAAUGCCCUGCUCAAAAAGGCGACUAUUCCAGAUGCUAAUGCGACCAGAAGUUUGUUAGAAACGGAGAUCAGCCGUGAUAUUGCGGGAAACUGUUUAAAGACCGGUGACCGUCUGGUUAAUAAUCGCAUAGAGUAUCAAGAUAGAGGCCAAAAGGACUGUGUGCCCUUUGAUAUACAAAAUGACUGCAUUACUCUGACAGAAGACAAAUCUUCUGUUCAGGAUAAAGAUACUUGCAGUUAUCGGGAUGACCAAUCGGAUAAAAAAGCAAGGCCGAAAUCAAAGAGGGUGUCGUUCAUGCUUCCAGAAAAAGCCGAUUUGUGUGUGCAUACGACUGAGGUUAUAGAUGAGACUAAUACUGUGAGGAAUCCUUUCAGUCAUAUUUCUCCUCGUUCAGAAACGCCUGUGCACUCGAUGGUUGGACGUAUUACUGACCGCUCGCCAAACGGCCCUACAGUGCAACAGAAAAACAUCGUUCCAGGAGAUUGUUGUAGUCUGCCUGACUGCGAAUUUGGUCUUUCACAUUCAGUUACAGACGUGAGUGUGACUGAAAGUGUAUAUCCUUGUGCUGGGAUUUCAGAGUUAUCAAAAAAUGACAACGGGAGACGCAGAAGUAUUGCCGACAUCCACUUAAAGAUAAAGAGCCUUGCACAAAAGUCUGAAAAGGUUCCAAGUCAUACCGCUCCAGUCUCUUGCUUUGUUGAUCAGCUGCCUACUCCUGAGGAAAAGUCUGGCGAUAGGCUGAGUACCAAUGAAGAAUAUGUUCUGGAUACAGAAAGGACACCCAGCAAGGAACCUAGUAUGGAAAAGAGGGAUGAACUUUUUAAAGAAGAUUCUAUCUCCCCUGCAAGAGCUAAUUCAAAAGAGAUGUGCUUGCCAAAUAUGCUUUCUGUGAAGAUUUUCCAGCCUAAAUUACCUCAAAAAAGGAGUUCUAGUAUACACAAUGUGCCAGAGCUGCAUCCUUCAGUUUCUGAAGCACAUGUUAACAGAAAAUCACAGAGCAUCUUCAAGGCGUUGCCGGAUGAUGCUCAGAAUAUUGACGAAGAGAUGCUACCGGUCUGUCCAGAGGACCCGGAUCCAAAUGGCUUGUUGCAUUUGGAGGUUCCAGAAGGGGCGUGGGAGGAGUUGUGUGAAAAAGAAGCUCUCCAUAUAGAUCUAGGUCAACCUUCAUUUAAGCCACAAGAAACCAAGACCGCUCAAAAGAGGGCUCGAGACACGGAGGAUGACGAAGCGUUCCGUAAGGAGAAGAGAGCUCGGCAGAACGAAGACGCUGACUCGCAGGGCACAGCGAUGUCAAUGGCUUGUAAAAGCCCAGAUGAGUACUAUACAAGCGAGUAUUCCGCUUUGCAUGCAACCAAAACUCUAGAGGCAACCAACUUUAGUGGUAAUAGCAGUUCAAUGGACUCGAGAGGCGAGGGCGUAUCGGUAGAAGGAAGCAGCCAGCAUUGUAGUCAGAUGGAUUCUCAGUUACCAUGGGAACCGGAAUGUCUAUGGCAGAAAUUCCAAGAAGGAACUAUUACAGUAAAGGAGUUCUUUACACUACUCAGGAUUCGGAUUCUAAUUCAGAAGCCGCGAUCUAGUGUAAUUCCUGCAAAUCUUGGAGGAAAUGAACAACAGAGUGAUGUGGUUGCCAUGCUAGAUCAGCAUCUAUACCAGCCCAAAUUGCAAGUGUACGAGGAGCACUUUAAUACAUUGUAUCAGACUGCAGAAGAGUUAAAAAUAUGUAUAGAAAUGCAGGAAAAGCCUUUAGCUGAAGUCAACAGCCUCCUUUGGGAAGCGAUAAGAAUGUGCUCUGAGGAUGAGAUAAUGUAUUUUGGCAUGAAAUUGAAAAGUCUUAAAGCCCUGUACACUAAGAGAAAUAAGCUGAUCGCUCACCAAGGGAAAGUGACGGUGUACAGUAAGUUGCUUCAGUCUCUACAGGAUCAGUGGGAGCAGCUACAGUCUAGAAUGAGUGAAGCAGAUAAACUUCUUCAAGAGGUUGAAAACUGCAUAUCGGGGUUAGAUAUGGAAACGGACAGACUGAAAGCAGAAUGUCUGGAUGGAAAUACUCCAUAUAAGGAUCAAGGGGUUCAAGUGCUCCAAAAUGAAAUUGAAGAUUUGAAACUCCAAGAAGAAAGUAGCUCGAAGAAAGGUGCACAAUUGGAAGAGCGCAAGCAACAGGUUUUAGGUGAACUAGGCCGCUUGCAAGAAGAAGCACAGACCCUGAACAAAUAUUUGCAGGAGAACAAUUUCACGGAAUGGACACUUGAUAGUUGGACGGAUGACCAGGCCAUUUUGUAUUUUCUCUAUGACUCUCUUGAACUUACUGUCCAAUUUGGUGACUUCAUAGAUGGUGUCAAUUGUAUUAACACACCCUGCAGGCAAAUUUCCAGUAUAAGAUUUGAGUCGCUGCUGAAUGAUACGGCUCCUUCGUCUUCUCUCCUGGUACAUAGAUUAAUUUUGCAUUCGAUUGAAAGAAAAGGUCAUCUUCACGAAAGUUAUAAGACUCAGCAAGAUCUGCCGCAGCUGCUAUUCGAUGUGUCUCUGAUAGUGAACCGGUGCCGGCUGCUGGGUGAAGAAGUUCAAUAUUUAAUAAAAUGGGGAGCAAAGUUUAAUCUUCUGAAAACCGAAGUAGACAACUCAAAAGUGAAGCUAGUGUUUUCAAGCGUGGCAGCCUGUGCGAAGUUCGAGCUUAUAGUACAUCUGUCGGAAUUGUACCCAAUGGUUCCCCUCUCCUUCACAGUCCAGAAUCUAAUUGGAAAAAUUGACCACGAUAAGAUAAGUGCCAUUUUUUCAAAGGUUCCUGUGGGUUUUGAGUACUUGAAGAGAGCCAUUUGUCAAAUAUAUACAAGUCUCCUGAUAUGAUCCUUCCUGUGCCCAGGAAAGACCUUUUCCGCCCAUACAUACUGAAGAUACUUUUAAAGAUUAUUAAUUUGAGUGCGUAUUUCAAGGACCUGUCUUAAAUUACCUGCAUAAGCUGUGGCUUGUUAAUGUGUUAGAAAACACACGAGUUCUCUUGUACAGAUGUCAAUGUAAAUGUUUUAAAUGGUUUGUAAAUAUUGCAUACAUUUUGUUUUGUUAGUGUUACGCAUUAUACCAUCCUUUAUAUAUAUACGUAUGUUUCAGCCCUUGUAUUUAAGCUCUUUAUCAUAUGU